AUGCAUCAUCAAGUUCCGUUCAGUCUUGCCACAGUCCGCCUCUCUAUACGGAUAUAUCACCAGCGGAAUGUGUGCAAAAGGGAGAGGUACGGAUAUGUAUCACUUCAUGUAGAGAGCGAUGGUGACGAUCUCCAGUUUCUAACUCAUCCGCUCUUGGACGAGGUCGGACUCGUUGUGCAGACAAGAUUGCAACGCUUUCUAUGCGUCCAGCAUGAAUGUAUCGUUCCCGUGGACCGCGUUCUUGGGCAUCUUGCUUGGGGACACAAGCACCUGUUGCGCAAGCCAUCACAGGACGUUGUCAAUGCAUGGGCGGAUGAUUUGGGUUUAGAUAUUCACGCUGGCCUACCACCGUUUCCAACCGAGGAGGUUGCUGAGUACGAGGGCUUGUUGAAGAUGGAUGACGGACUUCUUUGUCCUGUUACCAGCUGUCCCAAAGGGUUUCAGGACCGGGCUAGCUUACGCACGCACUGUAACGCAGUGCACAAGGGUAGUCGUGUUCGACUCGAUCUGGCGGAGACGGUCUCGCUUCAACGGUUUGCACCUGGACUUGGUUCCGCAAAGUCAUGGUUCCGGGUCUAUGAUGCGGCGACACGCUCAUCCGAUGCGGACAUACAUGCGUUUAUUACGCGAGUCGUUGCCGAAACGGAGGCCGCGUCUGAGCUACCAGUAGAGGAGUACGAUACCCGCAAUGUUGAGCCGUGGCACCGCUUUACACGGUGGCCGUCUGCUCUGAAGGGGUUUACCAUGCAGGACAUCGAAACACUCAUUGGCCCCACGCAGGAGGGCGAACCAUAUUCUGCAUUGCAAGGACUGCUACUGGAUCUGUUCCGUGACGCUGCUCUCCUUAUAAGUGAGACCCAUGAGUCCGCAUUGUGCCAACUCAACACUCCCGAUCCAGAGCGUGGCGAAAACCACACUCCGUUUGGGAACCACCAGACGCGUACCACUCUUGACAGCUAUACGCAUAUCGUGUUGAAGCUCGUUACCGUCGCAUUGCGUACACAUGCAAACUCCGUCUGUCCUGUCGACAAAGUGAACAAAUCACGCUACUUAGGCCUUCGUCUGGAGCUUCCAACGCCGAUCCACAAUCUUGUAGAGGCACUUGAUAACACCCUUCGCGACGAUGUUCUAGACAGCGCACAGGCCAUCGAGGACUGCCAUAACUUACUCCUUGCGCUGUGGACUCAUGAAUGGCUACCUACCCGUGGUGUGGUGGAGCCGGAUCCCACUGUUCUGGUCAUUGCCAUGGCGUCAAUGCGCAGGACGGGCGAGUUUGCAACACCGCACCAGACUACGGGGCUAUUCGCACGGGUUAUGAAUCUACAGCGUUAUCUAGUUGUGCGCGACGCUCAUCGCAAUGCGGUCGGCACAGGCCAUGCAUACGUACGCUCGGUCAUUGCGAAUGUUGUGUCUCUCGCUCCCUGCUAUCGCGUCGCCCAUCUGUGUACAUUUCGCACCAUGCAGCGCUACAUGCACUAUGGAGCGUAUCUUGCGUUCUGCAGUCCGUCCAUGCCGCACCUGACCUGGGACGUCGAAGGAGAGCGCAUGUACUACAAGGGCACCCUCAUCACAUUUGAGCAUCAGCGCGAGAUGAGGCAGCGAAACCAGGACGAGGCCGUCGCCCUUUACGAAGAACUUCGCAUGGGACUCGAUGCCUACUUCCAGCACGGCUUGCUCGAAGACGAUCCAUCGAACACAGAGCCUGGGUACAACUUCAAGCGUAACGCACGCAAUCGACAUCUGUUUCAACGGAAGCACAUACUCUUAACCCUCAUUCUGGAGUCUCCUACACUUCGGAAGCGCUUCGUACACAUUGGCCCUGAUGGGCAUGAGACGUGGCUCCCUGGUCCACUUCUCAAGUGGCUUAUCGACUAUGCCGCUUUCCACCUUCGUCUACUUCUUGCAACAGAGCUUAACACUGCUGGUCCGGCUCGAGGAUCGGAGUUGACUUGUCUGGAACUCAUCAACACUCGGACAGCGCCACGAAGUGUAUACGUGCUAGGUCGUAACGUCGUCUUUCGAAGGCGAUAUCACAAGCUUCAAUCGCGAACGGGCCUGGACAAGGCAAUUCCCGAACCCCUUGAUGCGUGCUCUUCGCAUCUUCUCAUUCAAGACAUGUGCGUCCUUCGGGAUUUUGCAAUCUUUGCAGCCAGCAAGUUGUAUGGACGUGACCCGCACAUCAUGCAUCUCUUCAAGACUGCGGUCUUUGUCAAUGUCACCAAGCGCUUCACUACAGACAAUCUCUCCGAGGGUAUCAAAGCGCUAACUCGCAUUGUCAUUGGUCGCGAGUUUGGCGUGCGUGACAAUCGGCAUCAGCAGAUUGGCUUCAUGCGUUAUCGUAGCCCGCAAAUGGCCGCUCUGCAAGCACCCGAAGAUCCAGAGGGUAUCGACAUUGAGGCUGAAGCGGCUGGCCAUUCCCAUCGCGUUCACAUGGGCUAUGGCGUUGCAUCGAACGUGUACAGGGGUUUACAGGAGGACCUAACACCUGAGUUUGUACGGAGAGCAAUGGACUACCAGAGAGACCACCAUCUCGUUCCAGGAAAUUUGUGGAGUACGGUGGAAGAGUCUCGCUACAUCCAUUUCGACAAGUCCACUGCACCCCAAUCGCAGUCGCAAUUUGCGAGCAAGCUUGAAGCACGCAUGGAUCGUAUCGUGAAGGCCAACGAGCACGAGACCAGACUUUGGAUGGAGGACUCCAACAAAAAGCUGUUACGCGCGUAUCACCUCGAGAUGCGGAGCGUCGCACCUCAGAUGUUGCCAUCGCGUCCGCAAGGGGCUCCAAGUGCGCGGGCGCGGGGGAAUGAAGCGCAUGAUGCAUGGCAGGAGACCGAGGUAUUCCCUCCACUUCCAGAAGCGGCCACGGACGGUCAAACAGAUACGCACAACGGUGUGCAAGAUAACAACCCGCAACCCAUCGCAGAGCAUGGAGCUCAAGGAACGCGUACUGUCCCACCAAGGGCACCAAUUUCCGUCCAUCGUGCCCACCCAAUUCCGUCACCUCAGACAGCUCCGAAUACACUCCCACCACGGCCUCAGAAUCGCUUCGUCCACGAUGCAGCUAGCGUAUCCGGAACGCCAGUCGCAUUCGUACCAUCGCAGGACAUUACUGCAUCUGCAGUCCGCUACGUACCAGCCGCAUUACCACCUACAGCGCACCCGGCGAGCGCUCUGACUGUUGAUCCUAGGGAUCUUGAGGCCGCUGCUCGUAGAGUUCUGGGACGUCUUGUCAACCCCAAUGCACCUCAUGCAGUCCUUUGGCGUUCGGACGGUCAGAGGCAGGCCAUAAUGGAAUGUCUCGCAUACGCCCGUGAUGCACUCUUCAUCUUGGCUACGGGUAGUGGCAAGACCUGGGUGCCUGUCGUCGCUGCAUUGCUUGAGCAGCAUUCGUUGACGAUCAUUGCUGUUCCCUUGAACGCCAUUUACACCAGCACCCGCAAUAUGCUUGCACAAGCCCAUGUGCAAUGUAUGCAGGAGUGGCAGACCGGCGAUCCAAUACGCAAUUCGGCACGCAUGGUUCUCAUCACAUAUGACCGCGCCAAUAGUCAUGAGUUUCGAAUCGCUCUUUCAGAUGCUGUUCGCGUGGAGCGUUAUAUUCGCAUACGACUUGCUCUCGAUGAAGCGCAGAUGGCCGUCACGGAUGGCCAGUACAGGCCCACCCUAUUGAACAUUCGAGAGCUUCGUGGGAUUGCGGAGAUGCAGGUCAUCGCACUCAGCGGUACUAUCCCUCCUACAUCCGAACCUGAGGUUAAGAAUCUACUUGGUCUUCAUCCCCAUGCGACUACGAUUGUCCGCACAACGACCAACCGGCCCGAGCUUGCAUUCUUCGUUACCCGUGCCAUGAAGGACCUUUCUGAGACGAUACGCAACAUCACCCAGAUGUGGGAGCAGAUGUGUACCGGUGGUCUUGCGCGCAGCGAUCAUCACCUCGCCAUCAUCUUCGUACAGACGGGUGACAAUGGGGAGGAAGCGCAGACGCUACUGGCGGCUCUUGGGUACACUGCCGAGUUCUACCAUGGUGCCGCUGCGAGUAGAGGGCGGCCAUUGACCGACAGGGAACGCGGUGAGAUGCUAGACCGGUGGAUCGACGCCAAGAACCCUUCUCCAUUCAUUCUGGCCACGCCUGCACUUGGUGCUGGCUACCACAACCCUCGCAUCAUUGCGACCUUCCAUGCGGGACUAGCCGACGGUGUUGUCUCACUUCUCCAGCAAAUGUCCAGAGCUGGUCGCGAUGGGCAACCAGCAUUCGCAUUCGCAUUACCCUCCGUCCAUGACGCGUCGCACUAUGUUGAGCGUACUCGGUUAGAUCAUCGUGGAAAGAACGCCCUCCUCGAUCUGAUCUUCAAAGACAAGAUGGUCUGUCUGCGCAAAGCCCUCUUUGACUUUGUCGACGGGCUUGGACAUGGCCAGGUCUGCACGGACAAUGCAUUUAACGCUCGGUGUUCGCGAUGUGUCGAUGGCGGACGGUUGAGGGACAUGCUGCCACCUGAACGUGCGGCAGAUGCGCCAAUCCAGUCAGUCAUUGUUCGCAGUGAGGGUAGACCUCUCAAGCGCGAUGCAUCACGCAUGCACUCUCAACCGAUUGGCCUGCACGAGCGCACUGCAACCCAGGAUCCGGAGACCGGGGAGCCCUUAAAUCCGUUCAGCGUCAGGGCCUUUGCAGAGAAGCAGAUUGAAGAGCAGGCCCGUCAGGCGAACCGCAUUGACAUUGAACGCGUUGAGUGGCAGCCUGUGAUUGAGACGCUGGACUGUUUCACUGGCGUCUGUCCUUUGUGCAUGAUGCAUAAUCCCAGAGCGGCUGCACGCCCUAUCUGCCACAAGGACGUCAUUGAUUGCCCUCAUCUCCGCAUGUCAACCCAUUCGUUCUCAGGCUUUCGCAAAGGGAUUCAGUUCCCAAAAAAGAAACCGAAGAUGGAGCCUCCGUAUUGCUUCACCUGCUACCUUCCAAAUGUGGAUGCAAUUCCUCACCCCGCGUACCAGCGCGGUGUUCGAAAAUGCCCGCACAAAGACAAGGUUGCGCCAGCAAUAUUUGCAGCAUGGUCAAACCCUGACUGGCGAGCACCGUUGCUUACCGCCUUCCCGGAUGCGCCUCAGGGAACGGAUGCCGCGUCAUUUGCAGCCUGGCUUGUGGCGAAGUCGGACAAGCGGUCUAUGCACAACUUGAUGGUGGUAUUCGCAUGGAUAGGGCAGCGCAUCGCCCAGUUGUCCGCAUGA